AUGACGACGCAAACAGCCCCCGUGGUCCCUCCUCGACCGUCAAGGUCCCCUCACCAACAAGGCCUCACCCCAGACAUGCCGCGGAUCCCGCCUCGUCCCUCUCGUCGCGCAGAACGCUCCGUCUCUCCGCUGCGCGAUAGCUAUGCUCCUUCUCCCCUCAACGGACCUCCCAACGGCUCGAUCCUGCACCAUCACUCCCCCGCGGAGGUGCCACAGCGCCCUCCCAGUGUGACAAUACCUUCUCUAGGCGAAGAAGGGAUCGAGUACGAAGAUCUGGAUGUCAACAACCUGUCUGAUGGCCAUCACCCCACCCCCGCCGAGAUGCGCAACGUGGGCAGCGAUCUGAAGCUUCAUGCGCCAAGACCGUCCUUGCCUACCUCCAGCGCCAAGGCCAAGGUGCAGGCAGUGACCCGGACCGACUCUCGUUCUGCGGCGGCGGCAGGCCUCGGUCGAGCUGCUUCUCCGGCCGCCGAUGACUCCUCGGAACGCCCCUCUCGCUCGUUACACUCCAGGGCUAGUGGUUCGCGCGCCGACUCGUCGAUUGGCUCGACGGAUCGUCGCCAUUCUUUCACCGCAGAGGAGCAUGGAAUCCCCGAAAUUGGCCAGCGAGUGCCCAUGUACCCCAACGCGGGUGAUGUACAGGCUCCGUCCCCCAGCCCAUAUCAAGUAGAACAUGGAAGUCAACGAUCCGGUCGUAGUCACCAUCGCUCCCGCAGUGGUCGCGAAUCUUCCUUGCCUCCGGGAAGUUACGGUCUUCACGGACAUGGCGUGGCUCCGAAUGACCGCUUCGAGAAGGCCUGGUAUGAAAAGCAUCCCGAAGAAUAUGCCAAGGAGGAAAAAGGCCAGUAUGGCCCUGGGGUUGGCACCCCCCGCCCCGAUUGGGCUCUGAGCAGUGACGAUCUGAACAAGAUCGUUCGGGGUUCUGCCGUGACUGGUUCUGGACUCGGCACUUCUCCUGCUGUUGACGGAACUCCAGAGGAAGAGGUGGGCUACAUUGCUUCGGACGAGUACACUCAACGCCUUGCAUCUCCCGCACCGGAUUCCCGACGUAACUCGCGCCCAGUCAUGGAAUCUCCUCUGCGCAAUGAAAAGACAUCUGCUGCGGAACCUCAGCCCACAUCGACCGAAGCGAAGGAAGAACCUGCUGUGAUCCACGUUGAUGAGCCCUACCACCACCUUCAUCAUCCGGAUGGAUUUGCUCAGACCCCAGACCCCAGCGAGCUUGUCCAUGCUCCCGGGGAACGUGAGGAAGAUGAAGAUGAGCCUAUCUUGGCGGCUGAUGAAGUGCGCCCAGAGUCUGCCCAUCAACAUCCUGCUAUCUCUCCUACUUUUGGCAGACAAGGCAGCUUCGACUAUGAGCGCAGCCGUACUCCCAGCGUGAAUCACAGCCGUUCCAACAGCCGAACCGCGAGCCACCACGGUAGUAUGCCCACGCUGGCACGAUACGAUUCCCGCGAAGAGCGUGACGCACAUACCCCGCUGGAGGAUGUUGAGGAGUAUGAACCUCUGUUCCCCGAGGAUGGUACACAAGGAAAGAAGCCUCUGCCGGCCUCAGAGCGUUUCAAGCAACGCCCAGACCUGCUCAAGCACCGCUUCCCCAGUGAGGAUAUCUGGGAGGAUUCGCCGAACAGCUUACAACUUCAUGCCACCGUGUCCACCCCCGAUGAGAGGAAGCAUGAGGCUUUCGAGACGCCGGAACAAGAAUCCUUCCGUCGUAGCCAUGUGCCCCAUCUCGAUCCCCAUAAAGUUGCGUCUCAGAUUCUGGAGUCGGAAGACCAGGAGGAGAAGGUGAAGGUGAAGGAACCUUCGCGGUUUGAGCUUGCCAAACAACGCUUCCCCAGUCGUGAUAUCUGGGAGGACGCGCCGGAAAGCCAUACGCUGGUCACUACGAUAGAACCGUCCGACGACGUUGACAACAAGAGCCCCAUUGUGCCGACAAAGCCUAUCAUCCCAUCUCGUCCUCAGAAGCGCGCGCAACAGGGUCCUCCUGUCGACGCUUCAGCCAAGCCCGCAUCACCUACUGAAAAGCGUCAACCCCCGACGAUUCCGGAUCGCCCCAAGCCACAGAUCCCCGCCCGACCCAGCAAGCCAGCUGGUCUGAACGGAGAAGAGAGCCAAGAUGCCACUGUCAAACCGAAGCCAGCAGUGCCCGCCCGUCCUGGCGGGAGCAAGAUCGCCGCUCUGAAGGCCGGGUUCUUGUCCGACCUGAAUUCUCGUCUACAGCUUGGUCCACAGGUGCCACAAAAGCCGCAGAAGAAGGAGGAAGAGCCCCCGGCAGAGAAGGCACCGUUAAGUGAUGCUCGCAAGGGACGGGCUCGUGGACCCGCACGGAGAAGACCAGCCGUUGAGACCGCCACCUCGAAACUCCCAGCCAUCCCGGAAAUCCAGAUCACGGAGUCGUGGAAUGUCUGGCAAGUGUGCGAAGAUGGUAACCUCGUCGUCGGCAACGGGCAGAAGUCGGAGCAAACUGUGCCCAAGCCUGCUCCGGAACACCCUACCAUGGCGCCCCCCUUGUCUAAGAACAUGGCCGGUGAACCGACAGACCCGCUGUCGUCGCCUGAGCAGGAAAAGGAGUCGCCAGUCAUGACGGACAACAAGCUGCCUCCGGCAGACCAAGUCCUUGUGCCUGCUGUUCCGCAAACCGAAGCCGAGGUUCCGCCGUGUGCGAGACGCGAUUCGAAGCCAACCCACUCUUCUUCGGAAUCCGAAGUAGAUGAUGCCGCUGAAGCCAUGGCGGCCUCUGCGGAUGGCAAGCGGACAUCGGAAGGUGAUAUCGGUGAAUGA